GUGGAGUAUCUUUCAGGAAAAGUCUUCUUUACUACCAAUUCUGAGUUGUGUAAAUUGAAGAAGCUGAAGUCUGGAGAAAGAUUAUUUUUGUUACUGAAAAAACAUGCUCCAAUUUGUCUCUCCAGAAAUAAAGGAAAAGUAUUUCAUGAAAUUCAAAAACUUGUAAUUGAGGACCCCGGACAUUGGCUGGAUAUUAUUUCCAUUUGGAAACAUCUUCAUGAAAAUAAGGUCAAACAAGGAAACCUCUGUAAAGGACAUCCAGAAUCCCUUAAAAGAAAAUCAGAAGAGAUAAAUAUUGUAACAAAAAAACAGAAGACCGAACAAAUAAAGACAAUUUUUGAUGUUGAAGAGCAAAAGACGAAUAUGGUUUUAGAAACAAACAAUAACAUGGAUUUGUUGACUGAAAGCAAAACUUUUCUAAAAGAGACACCUGAAAGUAGAUUAGAUAAAUCAGUUGAAAGCAAUAACCGCAGUUUCAGAGUUUCUUGUCGCUGUAGUGGAGCAAUUGCAAAAGUAUUUACUUCACAGGAGGUCGGAAAAGUACUUGGAAUAACUCUAAUGAAACAGUUCGGGUGGAAAGCAGAUUUGAGAAACCCUGAUUUAGAGCUCUUUGUACAUCUAAAUGACAUUUACUCAGUGGUGGGGAUUCCUGUCUUCAGACUUCCAUUGGCGACCAGAGAAUAUAUCCAAACUGCAGGACUCCGAUCUACUAUAGCGUGGGCUAUGGCAUCUCUUGCUGAAAUUAGUGUUGGUGCAUUUGUGUUAGAUCCCAUGUGUGGAUUAGGAACAAUCCUCUUAGAAGCUGCGAAAGAAUGGCCUAAUGUACAAUACUUGGGUGCUGAUAUAAAUGAUUCACAGCUAGAAGGUGCACAUGAAAACAUUAAGGCUUCAGGCCUGAUGGAUAAAAUUGAGUUACUUAAAGCAUCUGUAGUAGCAUUGCCAUUACCUUCAGAAAGUGUUGAUGUUGUGAUUUCUGACAUUCCAUUUGGGAAAAAGUUCAAGAUAACAAAAGACAUAAAACUUCUACCCAAUAUUCUUCAAGAAAUGGAAAGAGUGCUUCGUGUUGGAGGGACAGUUGUAUUACUUAUGAGUCAAGAUCUCCACAAACACAUGGAUGGGUGCAUUAGCAACUGUGUUGAAAGCGACACAUCUUUGAACAUCACCAGUGAUGGCGAGAAUGGAGCUGCUGUGGUGAAAGAUUUGAAUCCCAAGGAGAAAAAUGGGAGCCUAAGAAAUAUUCCCUCUUCAGUUAAAGGGGUAGAGAUUGAACACUUGCACAACAACAUUACAUGCUUUGGGUCCUUAGCAGCAGUAGAGUCCUACAAAGUGAGCCUUGGAAAAACAGAUGCUUUCAUAUACAAAUAUAGGAAGGUGCCUGGUGCUGGAAUGCAGUAACAUUCCAGAAAUGACAAUGGAUCUUAUUUGAAAGCAUAUUGCGCUGAAACAAUUGAGCCAUGUUGGUCCUAAAUUGGGCCAUAGUGUGUCACUUGUAAGCAACCUUUUUAUUUGGACAGGCUUACAGUAUUCCUCCUCUUCCUCCCCCUCCCCCAGCUUCCUCUUGGCUACAGAAUUCAGUAGUUACAAGAUAGCGGAGUUGGUUCUCCAGCAACGUUAAGCUGCCAUAAUAAAAUAUUGAAAUGAGGCCAAAUCCUACGGUCCUUGCUCAAGAAAAGGAUCCGUUUACCUAAGAAGUAGAGGUCCUGCAAGGGCGUCUUGGUUUUAGCCACACUCUUCUAGAAGAGAGCUGUAGGUAUUAUCAGAACUCCUGAUGAGGUGCGUGGUCACAACGAUUAUACUUAGGAAAUCUCAGCAUAUUUAUAAUUAAUAGUUAGCAACACUCUAACCUUGCAUGGCACUCCUUCGUUGAGGCCCUGCCCCCUCUGUUCCCCUCCUCUCCAUCACUUGCUGGGCCCGGCCCUUACUCACUCUCACUGGGUUGAGGCAGGAGGUGCAGGCUCUGGGGUGGGAGUGAGGGAUUUGUGUGCGGGAAGGUGUGAGAGGUGCAGGUUCUGGGGGGGGGAGAGAUGGAGAAGGGGAUGUUGGUUCAUGGUGGGGGCUCCAGGCUGGAGAAUGUUGGGAUCAGGAGGAGGUUUGGGAUCCUGAGCAGAGUGCACGCUUUUGGCUGUGGGGGUGCAGGAGUUUGGGAUGGGGUGCAUGUGGGGCUCAGGGCAGGGAGGUUGGGUGUAUAAUGGGCUCAGGACACAGACUUGCAGUAUGUGGAUGGUGCAGGAGUGUUGAGGCAGAAGACUGGGGAUGUAGGAGAUUGGGGAUGAGGGGCUCAGGACAGGGGUAUGAUGGGCUUAGGUUUGGGGGCUGUGGGGCUGCAGGAGUGUUAUGCUUCAGCCAGAUGUGAGCUUGGCCUGGCUUCAUUUUUAAAUAAAAUAUA